UCUAAUAGAUUUUCGCCUCACUUUUGGAGGCGAAACAGCCAAGCUCCGCAGUCUAUCCCCACGACUGCGGUCCUAAUUAAUAAUAAAAUCGUGGUACUGUGUCCCGCGAGGGACGUAAAACCAGCAGGAAAGAAGAAGAAGAAGGAGGCGAAAUCAGGCUUAAUUCGGUCUCCUGGUUCUAGUCUUCAUAAUACUGACCUUGCUCGAAAGAGUCGAAAGUAAUCUCUUACAAUAUUAAAAAAUAGGGUGCUUUAUCAUUUGAAGAGGUUGUCAAGGUACAAAAAUUCUGAUCAAGAUGUCUAGCAACAAAGAUUCAAUAAAUUCCUUAAAUUCCACACACAUGAGAUCUCCUAAGGAACGUAAAAAUUGUCUGAAACGUGCCUUACAACAAACAUUGAUUUUACAGGAAGUAAUUAAUGAUUCCACGAUAAACAAACUGGAUGAAGCCAUAAAUGAAGUUGACCAUGUUACUUAUGAAACAAGCAUACAGGAAAAAGUUUCUAAUCAGCAGGAAGUACUUAUCGACUCACAAAUGAUGACAUCAUCUUCCAAGGUCUUAAAAACUUGCACUGUUUCGCUGACAAAGAAAAUGCGCGAUUAUGACCAUAUUGAUUUUUCUCAAAAACUGAUAAAACAUUUACAACAAACAUCAAAGGAAUCACAAUCUCCAAAUUGGUCACUUUUAGAAAGACUGGUAACAAAAUUGUUCAAAAGGGUUGCCAAUAGUAGCACAUUAUUAGGCACGUUGGAUCCUUUGGAGAAGAAGACAAUAACUAGGAAGAAACCUGAACAGAGAAUAGCAUCGCAAGCUGCGGUAAAAAUACCUGAUAAAGUAGUGCCAAACACAAAUAAAAACGAUGAAGACAGUGUGGAACGUACUGUGAGAAAGAUUAAAAAAUUAAUCACGUGUCAUUGUAAAGAGACAGGGAAACCACUCGAUUUUUUUCAACUGAUUCUGCAUCCCCAUGAUUUCGGAAGAACCAUUAGAAAUAUGUUAUACAUAUCAUUCCUUGUAAAAGAUGGGGUAGUGGAAUUGAAAAAAGAUAACAAAACUCUUACUGUAGAACCAUGUCGUAAAGAAACAAAUACACAAAGAAAUCGAUCUGGCGAUCGACUGGGCAUUCAGAGCGUCAUAUCAUUAAACAUGGAACAAUGGAAAAUGUUAACAAAGGCGUACAAACUGGAACAACCAAUGAUUGAUUUCGACGAGGAAAAAUAACUACUUUUUAUUCAAACUAUCAAAAGGGAUAUGUAAUUUUAUAAUAAUUUUUAUUUAUAGUUUUAGAUUUUUAGUUAGAUAUACCGUAUUAAUUCUUUACAUAAGUUUAAUUUAAAGAUUAAAAAAGCAAGAUAUGUAAUUGAUUACGUAUAUAAUGAAUAUUUUUUUUUUAACAUGAAUAAGAUUCUUUGCUUUUGAAUUUCACAUAAAUAAAAGCAAUUUUAUAAAUAUUCCACUAUGCGUUGUGUAUUUCACGAUAAAUUUAUCCAAUUAAAUUGAAGAUUAUAUUGUC